AUGAUGGACAUUGAUAUUCUAUACAGGUUUUAUUAUAUAGUUUAGAUAAUAGUGGGAAGUUUACUAGUAACUAAUUAUAUAUUUAGCUGAUAGGGGUUUUUAAAAAAUUGUUAUUUGUUGAAACUUUCUUUGAUUUCAAUGUCUCUCAUUCUAUACUUUGCUUUUUUGAGAGACAAUGCUGAAAUGGUUUUAAUGUUUGGUAUGAUAUAAUACAAUAUUUAUGAUAAUAAAUUUUUUGGAAAUUUACAGAUCAGUUUAAAGGUUUCAGAGUAUAAUUAUCAAUCAUUUGUCCUGAAAUUUUUUGUAUUUUUAAAAGAGAUGGAUGGAAUAAUGAAGAGGAAGUGGGUUAAGAUGUAUAUAUACCAUAAUUACAUUCGAAAUUACUAGCUGAAUCAUUUUGAGAUUCAUAGUAAUUUUUAUGUCAGGUUAUUUACCAAUAUUUUUAGUUUUGUCAAUUAUGGUAAGAUUUCUCCUAAACGAUUAAAUGUUAUGCCAAGAUACUUGUAUUACUCUACUAAAGGGUACCCAAAGAGUUGGUCAGGUUUAGUUACUGUGUGA